CAAAGGUCGUAUGCCGGUUACCUUGCAAAUCAUGCUAAUGCAUUGUUUAGAAACGCUAGGGCUUACCUGAACUCGUUCCCAAAUGGCACAACCUAAUAAUCCACGUAUAAUUCCAAGCCCAGUCGAGCCUGGGGUAUACUAUGUGGACCGUGAUACAUGGCAGGUUGGGACACGCUAUGAGGUCCUAAAGGUUCUAGGUGCAGGCUCCUUUUCGGCUGUAUGCCUGGCAUGGGACCGCGUAGAGGAAGAGAAGGUGGCGCUGAAGCGGGUGGGCGAUGUGUUCGCCAGCCCCGACUACGCCAAGCGGGUGCUGCGGGAGGUGUGCAUCAUGCGCCGGCUGGAGCACCCCAACAUCAUCCGCCUGCGUGACGUCUUCCUCAAGCCCUCGCCCAGGGGCAAGUACGUGUUCCGCGGGGGCCGCCUGGUGCCCACCAGCUUCGACUGCUACCUGGCCCUCGAGUACUGCGACCAGGGCGACUUGUUCAACAUGCGCGGGCAGCUGCCGGAGCACGAGGUGCGCAGCCUCAUGUGGCAGCUGCUGGGCGCGCUAAGGUACCUCCACGGCCUCAACGUGUGGCACCGGGACAUCAAGACCGGCAACCUGCUGCUCACGCUGGCAGAGGGGCGGAGGGUGCUCAAGGUGGCUGAUUUCGGGUCCGCACGGUCAGCCAAGGACACGGGCGACGCUGCAGGGGGGGGCCAGCUGCCAGACCAACUGAAUGGGGCUCCCCUCUCCCGAGAGCUCACGCUGCCGCCCCAAAGCGGCGCCGGCGAGGAGGGCGCCGGCGAGGAGGGCGACACCGCCAGCGACAUGGACUGCGAGGCGGCAACCGACUCCACAGGCACCGCGGACGGCGGCGCCUCUCGUGGCCGCGGCCGCAGCGCCGAGCCGCCCGCCGCCGCCACCGCCCCCCGCAGCCGCGCCCGCAGCUCCUCACGCCAAGGCCGCGGCGGCGGCUGCGGCGCUGCGGGGUGUCCUGGCGGCGGCCUGGUUGCCAUACCCGCGCCCGAGGGCGGCUACCAGCCUCCGCUGACAUCGCUGGUGUGCACGCCCUGCUACCGGGCGCCCGAGGUGGUGAUGUCGCGCGGCGGCUACAGCAGCUCCAUCGACAUGUGGAGUGCGGGCUGCGUGUUCGGUGAGCUGCUGCAGCGGGCGGCGUACGUGGGCAAGGCGGCCACACCGCACCUGCAGGUGGCCCCCGUGUUCGCCAUCAGUGGUAAGCCGCUGACGCCGCACGCCGGCCAGCGCUACGGGCCGGCGGAGGGCCCCGGCUGCGGCGGUGCCUACGCGGAGCUGUCGGCGCUGUUCGCCGUCAUCGGCACGCCCGCCUGGGCCUGCAUCGAGGGCGUGCCCAGCGAGGCGUGGCGCCGCUACCUCUUCCACAUACCCGGCAGGGCCCCCACGCUGCACCGUCGCUUCGGCCAGGCGGGCGAGGUGGCGGUGGACCUGCUGGCCCGCCUGCUGCAGUUCGACCCGGGCCGCAGAGCCAGCGCGGAGGAGGCCAUGGCGCAUGAGUACUUCGCCAUGAUGCACAUGGAGGCGCAGAUGGCGGCUGCUGAGCUGGCCCCGCAGGCCGAUGGACUCGGGCGGCCGCCUCGGUCCUUUCCCGUGGGUGCUGCGCCCGCUGGCAAAGCAGCUCGCGGCGUUGGCGGCUUCUACCGAAGAUCCACGUCCCCUACAGAACCCGCUGACGCCGCAGCCCACGCACCUGCUGCUGCUGCGACCACCGCGUUAGACACGGCGACACGGCUGCCGUCCUGGCCUCCGGGCCGCACCCUGCCGCAGCGCGGAAGCGCCUUCAGUGAGGCCGCAGGGGUGCCCGAGGGCCCGGAGGAGAUGGAUGUGGAAGCGGGGUCGGACGCGGGGGCCGACAAGGAGAUUGCGCAGGUGCCGAUGGCACCCCCGACGGCAACAGGCACGGGCUCGCGGCCCGGCACGAGCGGCGCCGGCAGCGUAGGCGGGGGCUCCUUCUCCCUGCUGACCAAGCGGAAACAGCUUGAUGAGGAGUGCGAGGAGGCGGAGGAGCCUGCGCGGCAGCAGCAGCAGGCCCGGGUGCAGGGUCAACAGCAUCUGAUGGGGGAUGGGGGAGCUCAGCUCAGGUUUUGGCAGAUUGACGAACCAGCCCUUGCGCUAGCUGCCCUCGAGGCCGAGCUGGCGUUGCUAGUGCCGCCGAGCGACAGCGCCGUGCCACCCGCCACCGCGACAGCUGCCAACGGCGGCAGCGGCGCCCCACGCGGCGCCUCCGCCGUACCAUCCGCCGAGGCGGUGGCAUCCAUAGAGGAGUGCAAGGACCGGCUGAGGACCAUGCUGGAGCGGGAGUGCGAGGAGCACGCCGCGCGAGCCGCCAUGCGCCGCGGUGCCGCGAAGGAGGCGCGCGGCACGCUGUCGUCGGCUGGCGGCUCCAUCGCGGCCGGCAGCGGCAGCGGCGGUGCGGGGACGUUCCGCCGCAACUCUGCCGGGCUGCCUGACGGGCUGGGGCCGGCUGAGGGUCAGAUGCACGGCACGAGCGCGGCGGCGCUGCACGGGCACCUGCGGCCUGACCCAGGGCAGCAGCUGGACCCCUCGCUAAUCGGCUACGAGCGGAUACCCUACCACGCCGACGCCGCUGCGGCGGGGCUGGAGCCCGAGAAGCACCUGUCCGCCGGCCGCCACGGCGAGUGGACGCAGUCCUCCCUGGCGUUGCAGCGGCGGGAGCAGGGCGCCGGGACGUGGGGCGUCACCCUGGUGCCGCCGGGAAUGGACGAGGCCUCCGCUGCGGGGCGGGCGUACAUGAAGGUGGUGCGGUCGCAGCAUGCGAGGUAGCAGGCGCGUAGGAGGGUUGGGGCGUGCUGGGGGCUUUGGAAGGUCCUGUUGAGGAGGCCCGGUUGGCAUGCAUAAAUGUUGUUGGGUUCGUAGCAUGCGGACGUCUGUAUAAUAUCAUGUGCAUUAUGGGUUCUAAUCUGGCGGAAUCGGCUCAUGGCAUACGGCAUUGUUCAAUGUCAGUGCAUGACCGCACCGUUCCGGAUAAGAAGUGUGGCUUCUGGUGUCAUGUGUUGCUGUUAGCUCGUUUGCAACAUAGCGAUCUAGAUUACUCCCAGAUAGACAAACCCUUUUCGAGUGCUGAGUUCGAGGGCCUUGGCCCAGGGGUCAGUGUAAGUCGAUGAACCUUCCGUCUGGAACGAAGGAGGCGCAUAGUAGUAUAGCCUAAGGUAUCCAUGUUGCAUCUUAACAACAAUUCCGCUUAUAGGGUACAUGACUGCGUCGUAUUGGGAAAGCUGGAAGAAGAGUCGCUAAGAUAUAGGGUACAUGACUGCGUCGUAUUGGGAAAGAUGGAAGAAGAGUCGCUAAGAUAUAGGGUACAUGACUGCGUCGUAUUGGGAAAGCUGGAAGAAGAGUCGCUAAGAUAUAGGGUACAUGACUGCGUCGUAUUGGGAAAGCUGGAAGAAG